GGAAAGAGAAUUUUUCACACUAGAGGUUUCUGGACGCAAAUAUGACCUGGGGUGUCUUAAUCACUAUAAACUUUAUUUGGUAACGACGGAUAAAUCGGUUUUGUAUAUUUGUAUCGCAAAAAAGCUUAAUAAUUAAGCGUAUCACAUAUUAUAGCUUGAAUGUACUGUUAUUAUACUGCAAUGUAAAAAUUAUCAAUCAAAAGUUGUUAUUUGACGUCACAAAUGGUACUAAACCUACUAUGAGCGAACACUCGUUCCAAAUACUAUAUCAAUACUUGUUUACAAAAAACAAUAGUUUUAAAAGUAGGAUUGCCUUCGUUUGGGCAGCAGAUAGGAAUUCGUGUUGCAGGCGAAGACUCAGAACGAAAAGGAGGGCGAACAUACCGAAGACUAAGACGUUUUAAGAAGUGUGCGGAGCGGCUUAAUCAUCCAGCAUGGCGAAUGUGUUCACGAAAAGAAGCAAAAUGCCCAGGACUACCACGCUCUCGGAUUACGGGUUCCGCAGCAAAGUAGAGCAGGCAAAAGCGAAGGAAAACAUGGAAGAAAUGCGACUACACUCGCCAACUAGGAGACAGAACCCACAGCCCAUUGGACUUGUUUACCAAAGCCCGUAUAAUCGCCACAACCACGUUUUCGGUAUCUGGAAUCCGAACCAACUUAUGCCGGUACUUCGGUGCGGCGUCACUCUACCGCAUCUACAGUCGACAAACUUUUCUUGCGCCCACCAUCCCGAUAUGCUUGCUAACUACAUGAUACCUGCAAACCAGGGAGCCCCGAUCCAAAGAAAGCAGCCAGAGGUCCAUUACACCCGUAACACAAUACAACGACAAUGUUUUCAAUGGCCACCAAACAUCCCUGAGAAGUUCAAGGGGAUGGUACAGUCAACACGGUUCGGACACAGCCACAGGGCACCGGUGUCCCAAACGCCAUGCCGCGCGCAUACGCGUCUGUGCGUUCCUACCCAGAAGAAACACGCAGCAGCUCCGAUGUCAACAAAGCAACGCAGAAACGCCCACGCCUGCUUUCCCGGCCCGAAAACAAGCAGCAACUCACUCCCAGUGUCCCUUCCCGUGCUUAAACAAGGCGUCAGACUGCCACCUUUUUCGCACACCUCAUGCGCCGACAAAGUGACAGUGUACAUUUGAAAUAAAAUGAUUCCUAUUUUCAAAUUUCAAAUUAUCGCUGUUUUUCUUUUUUGUUUUUCUAUUCCAAUAUGUUUUUCCAAUUUCAAACUAUUUUUCCUUUUUCUACGAAAGUUCCAGUUAGCAAUUUUCCAUCUUAUGAUAAUUUGAGUAUUGAUUCAUUGUAUACAUGAUCUGUUUCAUCUUAUAUUUUCCAGUUUAAAAUCCCUUCAUACAGUAAUUACGAUUUUAAACUUUUUGCGUCCAAUUUCUGUGGCAAAAUUUCAACGUCCUCAAACGCACUCG